AUGAUUCAAUUGACUGAUAAAGAACAAGAGUUACCAAAAUCAAGAAGAUUUUUGAUCUUACCUGUUUUAAUUACUUGCUUAAUUGUAAGUAAGGUAUUUGAUUUUGCUCCAACUUUUUCCUUUGAAAUUUUAGGCUUUGCUGCUCCUGCCACUCCAAUUUUAGAAGUUUUUGAAAUUCAACAACCUUUCGUUUUCCCAUUGGGUUCCAAUGUUUCUACUUUACUUUUGAAUACCACUGUUGAAACUUCCAAAAAAUUCCAUCCACUCAAUUUCACCGCUACUAGUGGUUUCUUAACUUUAAAUGUCACUAAUUCUGAUGCUAUCGAUAGUGAAGGUAUCAUUGGUGAAAUUUUAGUUGAUAAAAUCCCUCUUUGGAGAUUUGCUUCACCAAAUGGUAAAUUGAAUGCUAUAACCAAAUCUUCAACUGUUAAGAAUGUUACUCAAUUCUUAAAUCUUUUCAACACUAAAUCUAAAGUUGAAUUUGUUAAAUUAGAAGGUGACAGUGAUGUUCAAGUCGAAUUGGAAUUAUCUUUAUUUAAUGACAACACCACUUACACUAACGAAAUCUUUGAAUCUAAUGGACCUGCUGAUGUCAUUUAUGCCUUAGAUUCAAUUCCUGCUAUACCUGCUAAUAUUACCAGUGGUAAAUUAUUGGUUUUCGCUUCUCCUAUGAAUGAAGAAAUCACUUACUACAAGAACGACAUUGAUGGUGCUAAUGGUCCUUUAAGAUACUUGAAUGUCUUUGUUGAUGACGUUUACAUCCAAACUGUUACUCCAAAACCAACUUUAUUCCACUCCAACAAGAUUAGUGGUAAUGCUAAUACUACUAACUUAUGGACUCCAUUAUCCGACACUGGAUCUUUCUCCGGUUUAAGUUAUGAAGUUGAUUUAAUUUCUGUUUUACCUUUAUUGUAUCAAGGUGCUAAGGUUGAAAUUGAAGUUGUUUCUCCAGUUGUUGCUCCAACUCCUCCUGGUGUUCCAGGUUUACCUCAUCCAGUUAUUAAAGGUUCUUCAUUACCUAACUGGUCAAUCUCAGGUUCCUUCUUAGGUUGGGCUUCUUCAGUUUUAGAUAUUUCAUCUGAUUUCAUCAUUGGUGAAUCUUCCCAAUUAGAUUCAGGUGUUUUGAUUAACCCACCUGCUACUUCUCCUUACCAACCAUCAAUCAAGAAUGAAAUUGUCAAAUCGAGUAUCAAAGCUGGUUUAAUCACUCAAUUCAAUGUCACUUUACCAACUGGUACUUUCAACUAUUCCAUUCUUACCAAUACUUCCACCCACAAUAUCUUGACCAAACAAUCAAAAGAAAUUAAGAAAAUGAUGGGUCCUCCAGGUUCAGGUUUAGGUUCAACUACCACCACUACCACCUUAAUCUUAAUCAGUGGUUCUAAGCUUAAUGUUGAAGUUACUGAUAUCGAUACUGGUUUAACUUACUUAACCAAGAACUCAACUGCUGAUUUCCCUUUCACUUUAGAUGAGACCUCAACUGAAUCUAAAUCAAUCUUGGGUCCUUCCAGCUCAAGUUCUAUCAAAGCAGAAAUCAAUGCUGACAUUAAAACUAAAGUCAAUGACGUUAAAGAAAGUUUCAAAGUUAAAGAAAAAUUAACUAUUGAUGAUAUUAAAGGAACCUCCACUGAUAUUUCUGUUAAGAUUAAAGGUGAUGUUCCUUAUGAAAGAGAAGUUCAAGCUGAUAAUGGGGUUAUUGUUAAAGAUACUUCCGUAUUAUCACUUUUUUAG